AUGGCGGCGGAGGGAGAGUACGAGUCCAUCCUGUGCGUGAAACCCGAGGUGCACGUUUACCGGAUCCCGCCGCGGGCAUCGAACCGCGCGUACAGGGCGGCGGACUGGAAGCUCGAUGCUCCGGACUGGUCGGGUCGAAUGAGGAUCACAGCCAAGGGCAAAGUGGCUUACAUCAAACUGGAGGACAAAAUCUCAGGUGAGCUGUUUGCUCAGGCUCCGGUCGAGGAGUAUCCCGGCGUCACCGUGGAAACAGUCAGCGACUCCAGCAGAUACUUUGUUCUGCGGAUACAGGACGACAACGGUCGCAGUGCUUUCAUCGGAGUCGGCUUCGGGGACCGAGGAGACGCCUUCGACUUUAACGUGUCUUUGCAGGAUCAUUUCAAAUGGGUCAAACAGGAGAUUGAACUCCGUAAGAGUUCCCAGCUCGGGGAUUCAGGACCUAAACUGGACUUGGGCUUCAAGGAGGGACAGACCAUCACACUCAACAUUGGGCAAGGUAAAAAAAGGGAUAAACCCCGCCCACUGAGCUCAGGUGGGUUUGGACUCCUCCCGCCACCACCUGGAGGCAAGAUAGCCCCUCCUCCUCCGUCAGGCUCAUCCAAUCACAACAGCGUCCCUCAGACAGGAGACACAGCAACAGGCUGCCUCCUGGAGCUCGACAGCAGCAACUGCAACACAGUGGUUCAGUCCAACCCGAGUUCAGAUGUGUGGGGAGACUUCUCUGCUCCUGCAAGCUCUGUUCCAACUGCAUCUCAACCACAGAACUCCCCCGACUGGAUCCAGUUCUGA